AUCUUGCGCUUGUGUUGGGGUGCGCAUGUUUCGGAGUCACUGAAAUUCUAAAGGAAACAGUGAUGCGUUGUAUAUUAAAGUGUACAGUUGUAUUAAACGAACUUUAAGGUUAUAAUAUAAAAAAAAAUUUUUAUUCAUUUGAUAAAUGAGUAAUAUUAGUUAAAAUUAUUUUUAUAUUAUUAAUUUCUAAAUUUUAAACAUUUUCUCAAGUUUGAAAUAAUGUCAGAAAAGAAAGCGGAAGUUCGUGUUUGGUGUGAUGGAUGCUAUGAUAUGGUGCACUUUGGUCAUGCGAAUUCACUACGUCAGGCGAAAGCUUUAGGAAAUUAUUUAGUUGUCGGUGUUCAUACAGAUGAGGAAAUUUCUAAACAUAAAGGUCCUCCUGUUUUUACGGAAGAGGAAAGAUAUAAAAUGGUACGUGGCAUUAAAUGGGUAGAUGAAGUUGUUGUAGGUGCUCCAUAUGUUACAACUUUAGAAACUUUGGACAAAUACAAUUGCGACUUUUGUGUUCAUGGAGAUGACAUUACAAUGACAGCGGAUGGAGUUGACACUUAUCAUCUUGUAAAAGCUGCAGGUCGCUACAGAGAGGUUCAAAGAACUGCUGGUGUUUCGACAACUGAUCUCGUGGGACGAAUGCUAUUAAUGACUAGACAACACUUUAAACAAGGAGAUAGUGAAUAUAGCAUUGAUCAUGAGCCAAGCAAAAGUAUGGGACAAGAUAAAACAGCUCGAAGCCCAUGGACGGGAUGUUCAAAAUUUUUGCCAACAACACAGAAAAUUAUUCAAUUUAGCGAUGGAAAAAGUCCACAACCGGGUGAUAAAGUUGUUUAUGUUGCUGGUGCAUUUGAUCUCUUUCACGUUGGUCAUUUAGAUUUUUUGGAUGUUGCCAAAAAGGAAGGCGACUAUCUUAUCGUUGGUCUACAUACAGAUCCUGCUGUAAAUAAAUAUAAAUGUGGCAAUCAUCCUAUUAUGAAUCUUCACGAGAGAGUUCUUAGCGUUUUAGCAUGUAAAUUUGUAAAUGAAGUUGUGAUAGGAGCACCUUACGAAGUGACUAAAGAACUAAUGGAGCAUUUUAACGUGUCAGUUGUCUGUCAUGGAAAAACGCUAAUAGUUCCGUGUGAAAAUGGUGCCGAUCCUUAUGCAGAACCAAAAAGGCAAAAUAAAUUUAAAUUAUUAGACAGCGGCAAUACAAUGACGACAGAAAAAAUUGUUGAAAGGAUUAUUCUCCAUCGGUUGGAAUUUGAAGAUAGAAAUAUAAAGAAGGAAAUUAAAGAAAUUGCCGCCUAUGAAGCUUUCCUCGAGUCUCAAAAUAAUGCAAAACCAGAAUGAUUUUUAUGAUAUUUAAGGCUUUAUGGAAUUAUUUGUAAAUAUGAAACUACGCUAAUUUUUGUUAUUUAUUAUUAAUUAUAUAAAUCAUAGGAAACUUGCCUUUUUCCAUUUUAAAACUUUUACAGAUUUUUUGUUGUUCAAUAUUAAAUUUACAAUGUAAUUUGAAAUAUUAUAGUGAAACCUAGAUCGUUUUUUUUUUUUUUUAAUCAAUUUAUUGAACAUAACGAGUAUUAUUUAACUCAUAUGUUGAAUAAAAAUUAAUCAUUUAUUUUUAUGUAUAGUAUUUCAUAAUUUUAUGUAAAAUCAUCAUGUGACUGACAUAAAGUAAAAUUUUAAACUACCUCUUCUCGUCGAGAGAAUUUUUAGUAAACUAGAAAUACUGGAUAAAAAAAUCAUAUCAAAAUCAAGAAUAACGACUAGAGUUAUGCUAUACGUUUUUAGUUUAGUUUUUAAAUGUUUGUAUUAAAAAUUUUCAUGAUAGAUGUUUUUUCUUCAUGUAUUGUGAAUAAAUUCGCUCUGUGCUCCUUU